AGUCGGCUGCCAAGCGUGGCGAGGGGAAGAUGUACUUUGUUGCAAAGUAUCAAGAAUUCAGAAGACAACAAACAGAAAAAGAUCAAAAGAAAAAGGCCGAAAAGGAAUUGCAGAGCUUGAAUGUGAAAAUCGUAAGUCUUUCUAGUUUCUUUAUCUUUUUCCUAAAUCCCAUAAAAAUAUAUUUCCUUAUGCAAAUAAAUUGAAAAAAACGUUUUAUUAAAUACAAUUAUCCUUAAGGAUAAUUUAAAGUGAAAAUGUCGUUUCGUAAUCUUUGAGCAAUAAUUUUGCAUUCCCUGGAUACCCGAAAAAAAAAUUUUGGCCUACGAAAUAGAUAAAUUCUUUACCAAAGGAAACAAUCCCUUUUGCGUAAAUUCCGUAAAUACCGAUACAAAUAUAUCACUUUGAGGUAUAAAUCAAUUCAUAAGAAUUUUUCGAGAGAAAAAAUUCAUUACAAGAGAUAUCAAUGACCUUUGAGGACAAAUAGUCCCGUGCGACGUCUGGUACUAUGCUGGAAUACAAAUUUCUCUUUUCAGUCUUGGUUAAACGACGGAAAAAAGUAUUAAUGAUCUUAAUUAAUAGAAAUACUUUAAUUCUAAAAAUGUUUCUAAAGCAAAUCAUGACUAGGAAUUAUAUUUUUGUCAAGUGCUGUUUCUUUAUUACUCUUUCUCUUGUUAUCAAUUCGGAACACGAAAGUGUCAACUAAGAAAUUUUGGCAGUCGAUUUAGGAAACGUCAAAAGUGUCGAUAGUUUUUCUUUAUUUAUUUCUUUGUUUCUCUUCUUUGUAUUUUUUUGAUAUGUGAAAAGUGGCUUGUUUCCUUGUUAAGUUUUAAUUAAGCAAAGGGAAAAAUACUGAACCUUGACGACCUAAAUAUAUUCCGAGAUUAAUAAAUAGUCAAGUAGCCUUUCCAACGAAUGUCAAGUAAAUGAGACCGAGAAAUUGGUAUAGCCUCUAACGAAUUCUACACUCAAACCUAAUCGAAAAUUCGGACCAUGAAAAAUUCAUUUGAAACUCCUGACACCUAAUUAGCAGUAAAAAAAACAAGCAAGUCAGGACAAGUGAAAAAGGAACGCCACUUUCCGUGACUGAAAAGCCGGGCUCGUCCCAAUCAACCAGGCAAAAUCGGCCCCUCUUUAAUCAAUGUCACGUGAUUAUAAAAUUCGAUCCAAUCGAGUUGGCAUGGCAACGACUGAAAAAAAGGCUGUCUGGGGCGCUAAUUGACUUUAAACUGCCGAAAGCGGCGCUCUUCAGAGACAUCGGCGUCACCUAAUUUGAAAUCUGUCGCUGAGAUCACAUCGGUGACGGACCGAGUGACGGCUCGAGUAAACUGUUUGAUUGAAUUCCUUUCCACAGCUUUUUUUCACGCUUCAAAGUAAAUUGGAUGAAGGGGAACAUAUUAUGGGUUUAGAUAAUCCUCUAUCAAUUCAGGAACCAUUAAAGACACAACUUUUAAUUAUGUUUCAUUUUUCAUUUUUGUUAUACAUAUAAAGAUUUGAAGAAGAAAUGGGAUCAGAGGGAGAUUCAUAGCACUUUUUUGUUUUGUUUGACCGGUCAAAUCAAUUUCCCCUCGAAAUCCAAUAUAUAGUGACCAGUGAAAUCAAUAUAGCCUCAAGGAAAUCUAGAGGAAACGUCGGUACUGCAAACAUGUAAUGAAAUAAAAGUGAUUUGGUUACGAUUUUCACCAAUGAUUGAGUAGUCGGUUGUUCGCUCAGUUGAAAUACGAAAAAGAAUGGUGGAAAACGCUGUAAUAUCUGUUAUGCUAUUUGGAAAGAAAUAAAAAACAAAUAACGAUCCUAAUGAUAGCGAAAUUAUUCUAGCGACAAAGCCCGACACUCUUCUAUAAACCUUAUAUAUGAGUUUUAAAAGCCUGCUUGGUACUGACGUAUUCCCUUCGCAAAUAGAAAAAAAUUGAGAGUAAAUCGAAACUGUUACACGGAUUCCUUUGAAGUUGGAUGCCGCACCGAUAAUGAUGCCCACUGAGCUCCAUCGGCGUCUACUUUUGAUGUAUUAUUGACAGACAAGGUGGAAAAAAUAUGCGUGUGGUUUUACCUGGACUUCUGACUAUCAACUUAAAUAGCUGACAAACUACUAGCCAAACUCGAUGGUAAACAAGUAGAACGUGAAGACUUACCCCACUACGAGGGAGAAGAGGUAGGCUAAAGGUGUCCCUUGUCCUCUAAUAUGUUGUAUACCGUAUAACCUCUCUUCUAUACUACAAAAAUUGCAGACUUCCUCCCAACUACCAGCAGUUAGGGCUAUCAUCAGAGAAAAGCUAUAUAUAGUCACUAAUUCAUGUUGUAUAAAUUUCAUGAUGGAUUAUUUUAUCGACUUGAUUAUUAUUAUAGCGAUUAUGCACUUGGGCUAAUUAGAAUUCUCCAAAGUCUACGCAACCGAAGCGAAACGAGGUUGUAAUAAUAAAAUGCUACCUCUUUAAAUUAAUUAUUUUCGGUAGCUUAAUUCGAUAUUUUGCCUAUUCCACUAAAUAUAAUCAAUAACUUUAUACCUAGCUAGCUAGCUAGAUAGAUAGAGAAAUCGUCUAAUAAUCAAAAGAAUUUAUCUACCUAAAGGUUUUGAAGAUCUAAGACAUGAAGUAGCUUCCGAUUAAAAAGUUAUUAAUUAAAUCUCUAUAAUUAAUAUUAUUAAACAGUAACUGAUAGCAUGCAACAUGUGUACUUUAUAUAAAAGGAAGACGAUUCUACUGGUAUUUUGGUUUAUAAAAAUGAGAUCGAAAGUAGCAGCCAAAGUCUAUAACACCUCCAUGCAUAAUUCAAGUGCAAGGAUUAGGUGGAUUAAACGGCCGUUUGUAGGAAUGUUUUAAUCGAGUAUUUUUUUUUAUAGAACAAAAUUAACCGAACCGUAUCUAUCUUUGGACGCCAGUUGGCGUCUAGACGCCUGAUUGGAAGCCCCGAAUUCUUAUGAAUAGACGCGAUUGCCAAUAGCUUCUUGACUUUUUUCCUGAAAUUGAGCGCAAUUGUCCGCGCCGCAAAUAUAUAAGCCAGUAGUUUGCACAAGGGUUUCUGACGUCACACGACGCUUCUUUAUCAUUAAGAAGAUUAAUUAUGCAUUGUACGGUUAAUCCUUUUAAUCUUUAGACAGCAGAACGUUAUUUGUUCGAUAAAGGUUAAGAAAAUCAGUAAAUACAGUUAAAUCAGUCAGCUACAAGACAAUAAAUGCUAUAAAUAGCAUACUAUAUGUAUAGGUAUGUCAAAAUCUUGAUCUCAUCAUAAGCAAUCGUCUUCUCUUCAGUCGUGUCGACAUUGAAAAGAGCCGAACUCACGCCGAAAUAACCGCAUAAACAGUGAUUGUUCGCGGUACGUUCUCCGAGAAAUCCUCUGAGACUAGUAUCAAUAAUCCCCUAAAACGUCUCAUACAUUCUCUCAGUUCGCCACUAAUAUUUACGCCAUGUACGGCAUAUUGACUUCAAUAGGACUAGAAGGAUAUAAAGUAUUCUAUUAAUAUUGGCGAGUACGGAGUACGUAGUGAAUACACGCAAAACUUGGAAAAUUGCUUGCGACAGCAUGGGACUUUUUAUAAUGAACAAAAUCCAUUAGGGCUCGAAAGCAUUAAUUCCUACAAUUUUUUGUGCAGCGUGUCAUCUGCCUGGUAAUUGGCAAUUUGCAGUGAUGCACAAACAUUCGUAGAGUAGAACGUAACAAUUUUCACGCAAUUAUCCUUUUUCUAUAUCUUUAACUUUUUUUUUCUAACUUUCGAUUUCAGUGUGUAAUAUGCCUAGUCGCCCGAGCUAACAUGCAAACUCUGCCGUGUCAGCAUAAAGUAGUUUGUCGAAAAUGUUUUAUCAAGACCAUCCAGUCGGCCGUCACUCAGCGUUGUUUGCCGCUUCGUUGCGUUGUUUGUCGGACGCGCGUGCUCAAGUUGAGGCAGGACGAACCACCCUUAAGCCCUCAGCCGCCUCCUCGAGUUUGUACAACGAGUGGCCCACAUCAGCAUUCUCCAAGGCACGGCACGAAAGCCAGAAAGGUCCAUUCGGCUUGCAAAACACCACCCAUCGAAAAAACCGAAGAGUUUAAAAUAACAGUCGAUGUUGGACAGUGCCCCAAACAUUUGAAACCGAUUAUCCGACGUCCAAAGCAUAAACAGAGGAGUCAGAGUGCCACUAGGGAAGCUCGACGAGUCACAUUUCAAGAUGGAGACCGCAGAAAUAGUACAGUCGAUAGUUAAUAAAGAUAUGUAAUGGAAUUUUCUAAUGUUUUCCAUUGUAGUUAUUUUUAGAACAUUUGAGCUUUAAAAAGUUCAAAGGAAACAGACGAAGAAUUGGAGAUUAUGCAUUUUUUCCUUUUGUUUCUCGUUUCUUUCAUAAUUUUUUUGUAAAUGGGACCACUUAGAAGCUUUUGUAACAUUAUUGGCAAAAGAAAUGACAGCGAGGUGAGAUACCUCUAUACUGGGCGCAAUAAAAAGGUGGGCACGCAGUAAUUGUUUCCAUAUCAGACUGUAAAGGAGUUGUGAUGGAUGAUUUUAUUAUAUAAAAGCUGUCUUACCCGACCCAGAAUAGUUUUCUGUCCUUGUAUAUCUACUGCAUUUAGUGAGCCUGUUGAUACGGAUUAUAUACAAUAUGGGUGUAAAAAGGAAUUUUCCCAUGUCGAAAACAUCUGCAGAGUUCUUCUAGGGAUCUUACUGUAUGAAAAUGGGAUUUUGCUUUUUCUCAAUAGUUUCUAUGACGUCAUAUUGGUUUUUAUUUCAUAAGAGGAGACAAAUCGAAAAUCAACUGACUGUAUUUACUUAAAACUGAAAUUCUCACGUCUUAGGUUCUAGAGGACUACGAUAUCCUGAGAAAAGGAAAAUAACUGGAAGGCAGGUGUGUGUGCCGCUAUUGUGCCAAUUACACCAGCCAGUUCUUUGUUAUUUUUUUUAUGAGAAGAGAGACGAGACUAUCAGAGUGGUUAUGUAGUUUACAGUAUAUUGGGAGGGAAAGGAGGGUAUGGGAAAUGGGGUUCACAGGGCCCAAAGCCUUAAAGGUCAAAGGGGGCGAGCUAGCUGACGAGAGAAGGCAAAACUGAAAAAGACAAGGCUUCUGCAACGGCCCGCUGCAAUAGCUUUAAAAUUAACAAUUUGCACUUUGAACGGAAGAGUAACGGCAAGCAACUAAAAAAGUGAUCUUACACAUUUUGAGAUGGCGAGUGAUUGAAUAUUAAUAUCACAAACUAUUAGGCAAGACAGUCUUCCUAGGGCACUAUAUACUUACAUUUUAAUGUAUAGUAUUACAUGUAUACACUAUGCAUUCACAUUCUUAGCAUGUUUUUAUAGUUGUAUUUAUGUAAAUGGUCGAAGAAGAGAAGAAUAAGGAGUUAUAUCCAUACUCCUCCAUCAAUCCCUGCAUAUCAAAAUGCAAAUGUGAAGGCAUGAUUGUUAUCGUUCUUUGAUUGACUUGUGCGAUUUUUUUAGCAAGAGAUAAAAACUUACGAUAUAUUUGUUAU